AUGGACAAAAUCAAUGCGCCGACUGUAGCUGUGAUCGGAGCAGGGUCCACAGGCUUGUCAAUGCUAAAGACUCUCCGCGAGGAUGGAUUCGAUGCUACGUUAUUCGAAAGAAGGAGUCGCGUCGGCGGCCUAUGGUCCUAUACCGACGAUAAAACCAUGACGACUGCUCUCCCUUCUACAAACGCCAUUAUCAGCAAAUACACCUGUGGAUUCACGGAUUUCCCGAUGCCAGACAAGUAUGAGCCAUUCUUGAGCCAGCGUGAUUUCGAAGAGUACAUGGAAUCAUAUGCCGAACACUUUGGGCUGUACAAGCACAUUGUCUUCAACAGCCUGGUUAAGCAAGUUGUCCGAAGCGGCGACGGAACGAAAUGGAAGGUUGAGAUGGUCACGUCAGGAAGCACGGAAUCCAAAGAGUUUGACAAGGUCGUUCUCUGCCAUGGGUAUCAGACGCAACCCAAGAUGCCGCUUUUCGAAGGCCAAGAGCUGUAUGAAGGGCAACUCAUCCAUUCUCAACAGUUUCGAAACCCGGAAGAUUACAAAGGCCAAAAGGUCGUCCUCGUUGGUCUUAGCGCUACUCUGAGCGACCUUCUCAAAGUGAUAGCCGAUCACGCCAGUGCAACUUUCGUAUCCCACCGGAACGGUGCAAUGAUUGUGGGUCGCUGGCGGAAUGGCCUUCCAACCGACCUCUUAGUCAACCGCUCCCGACGACAAAUGUCAUUCUUCCUUCAGAGAAACUUCCCGAACGCGGUCAACAAGCUCCUCAAGCGGGCCACGGGCUUGUUGAUGCGCCAGCAUGGGAAACUUGACCCGGCAUGGCGGCUCCUCGAAAAUGUUGCCCCGCUCAGCCUACAUCUUGCCGGAUGCAUGGACACGACCUUGGCGCUUCUGCGCGAAGGGAAGGUGUCGUCCCUGCACGGGAUCAAAAGAUUCCUCGGGGGAAAGAAGAUUGAGUUUACGGAUGGAACCGUCUUGGAUGGUGUCGACUCUGUGAUAUGCUGUACCGGUUACACUGCAGAUUUCAGUUUGGUUCCCUUUGUGGAGACGAGUAAGCCCAAGGCAGACGUAUCCGGCCAUCCGUAUGGGGGCGAAUCUAUCGCCAGGCUCUACAUGAACCUCUUCCCGCCAGCUUACGCGGACAGCAUUGCUAUUCUCGCGUACUCGACUUACGGCAAGAACAACGGCUUCUCAUUCUCGGACGUCACCUCAAUGGCCAUCAGCAAUAUUUGGCGCGGCGUUAGUGCGGACAUGAUCCCCUCCAGACCCAAAAUGGAGCGCGCCAUUGACUGCCAUCAAGAAUGGAUUGCCGGCCGGUGGUACCAGGAGAACAGAUCCGAGCCUGGUGCCGUCAAGCAGUGGGAGUUCCAGGAGUUUUUGCACAAAGCCGCUGGCACCGGCAUGGAAAACCUGGGCUGGGGAUGGCGUGGCUGGGUGACUUGGUUCAAGGACCCUUACAUGGUGUACCUGAUCAACCACGGGGUCGAGACAGCGCAUGCGUUUAGAUACUUUGAAACGGGGAAGAGGGAGACUUGGGACGGGGCGAAAGACGCAAUCAUCCACAUGAACAAACUGGUCAAGCAGCUCAAGUCUACUGAUAAGUGA